AAUUCUUUUUGCAAACUGUUGCAGAAAUACCGUAAACAUAUUGACAAAUCUAUGCUUUUUGAAACCUGCCCUUUUCCACAAUGCAGACUGGUUUGCAAAAGAGGAAGUCGCGUUCCAAACAAUUGGCAAAGGAUACCAAUGAAGAACGAAAUCUAAACAAUGUCGCCGAAAAAGUUUCAGGGGAGGCAGAUAAUGGAGAAGGUGAAAAUUCUUCACGAACGAAAUUAAAUGCUGAAAAUCAGGAUAGCGAAGAAGAGGAGGAAAUUCCUUCUAUUGAUGCAGAAAUUGAUGAUGAAAAUGAAAACGUAGAAGAGUCGCCAAGUGAUUUUAGCACUCCGGAAUUGUCCGAGGAUGAUUAUGAAAAUCCAGAAGAAGACGAAAAGGAGUUGGAUGACGAGAUUGAUGCUGGCUAUUCAUCCGACUCUUCUACUGAAGAAGGACCAGGAGGAUUAUACCCUUCUCCUGACGAUGAUAAUCUUUACAUAAAUUACGAUAUAGAUGGAAAGAAAAUCACGCGUCCUGCAACGCCGGCUGCGCUCGAUUCUUUAAUCUCAAGCAUCGAUAAAGACAAGGGAUGGACGGGUAUUGUCGACCCGAUGACAGGACAACCAGUGAACUUAACUACUGAAGAGCUUGGAUUAUUGAAACGUCUUGCUCAAUCCCAAGUUCCAGACGAAAGCUUCGACCCAUACCCAGACUAUGAUGAUUUCUUUACCAAAAAUGUUCAACUUACUCCGGUUUCUAGUGCACCUGAACCAAAAAGACGGUUUGCACCUUCCAAACAUGAAGAGAAACGUAUUUUGCAACUUGCUUACGCUAUUCGUAAAGGUCAUAUUAUGACACCUACUCAACGUACUGAGCAAGAGAAAGAGCAUAGGUCAGAGUUUGCUGACCGUGAUUUGUGGGCUGAUGACGAACAAGCUACAGUUAACAAACAACUUGAUUAUGCACCUGCUCCGAAGCUUCCCCCUCCAUCGCAUGAAGAGAGUUAUAAUCCUCCUGAAGAAUACCUCAAGAAGGAUUCUAAGAGAUAUCCUUCCUUGCGUCUCGUACCUGCUUACAGCAAUCUAAUUAAGGAACGCUUUGAAAGAUGUUUGGAUCUUUAUUUAGCACCCCGUGUUCGACGGUCUAAGUUGAACAUUGAUCCAGAAUCUCUUCUUCCCAAAUUACCUAGUCCUUCUGAAUUGCGUCCUUUCCCUACACGCUGCACUAACGUGUACAUUGGUCAUAAAGGUCGUGUACGUAGUAUUUCAGCACAUAAGGAUGGUAUCUGGUUAGCUAGUGGUGGUGACGAUGGCAUCUUGCGAGUCUGGGAGAUUCUUACUGGUCGUUGCGUUUGGAAAUGUGCUCUGGAUAGUUUUGGAAAUGUACGAGAUGCUGAAUCUGAUUCGGAAGACACCGAGAAGGCUAAUAAACCAUGCAUCAUCCAAUCUCUUGCUUGGGGUCCUCUUUCCGAGGUGCCAGUAUUGGCGGUUGGAGUCGAUGAAACUCUUUAUUUCAUUACUCCUCCUCUUUUCUCUCCCGAGCAAAUGGAAAACAGUAAGGAGCAUUUCACUUCGAACCCAUAUCAAGAAUCUAGUGCUGUUUGGCGAAGAGGUUCCAAAAAAUCAUCAAAUAUGAACGGUGCCAUUGUACAUGCGACUGUCAGUACUUCUUACUCUAUCAAGUCUUUAUCCUGGCAUCGCCGCGGUGAUUAUAUCGCUACAUGUUCUCCAAUUGCAUCUGGCCGUGCUGUACUUAUUCACCAGCUUUCAAGGGGAGCUAGUCAAUCACCUUUCUCGAAAUCUCGUGGCUCCGUUCAAGCCAUCGCUUUCCACCCAACUCAACCUUAUCUUCUGGUAGCUACCCAGCGAUAUGUUCGUAUUUACAAUCUUGUCAAGCAAGAACUUGUGAAAACGCUUCUCGCAGGUGUUAAGUGGAUUUCUAGUAUCAGUGUCCAUCCUAGUGGAGACCAUGUCAUUAUCGGAUCCUACGAUAAAAGACUCUGUUGGUUUGAUUUGGAUUUAUCUUCUAAGCCUUACAAGACACUUCGUUAUCAUACUCGUGCUGUUCGUGAUGUCUCUUACCAUCCUACAUUACCACUGUUCUCUUCUGCUUCGGACGAUGGCGAUGUUCAGGUCUUCCACGGACGUGUUUACAAUGAUUUGCUUGCUAGUCCUUUAAUUGUACCUCUCAAAAUUCUACGCAAUCAUAAAGUUGUUGAUAAUGUUGGAGUCCUUUCUAGUAGUUGGCAUCCCCGUGAGGCUUGGUUAUUCACUUCUGGUGCUAGUGGUGAAAUUAGAAUGUGGACUUAGUGUUUUUUCAAAUUACCGUUAAAUAUUUGGACAUAGAUUAAAAGUUUUGCCGGCGACGUCUAUAACUAAAACAAAAAAAAAAGAAAUAGCUUAGAUUAAAACUAGCAUAAUUGGUUUAGAUGAGUUAAAUGGGAUAUUUAAUAAGGAUUUUUGGGUCUUCACAAUUAACAAGUUUAUAUACAACUCGUUUGCAGUAGGCAUGAAUAAAAAUUUCAGAUGUUUUUGAUAAAA